AUGGAGGAUCAGACUAAGCCGGUCUCUAGGAUCAAGCGACAUGAUCGCGGCACCGUUGAAGACAAAAGCAAACAGAUGCCGCAAGAAGAAGUUAAGCAGGGAGAGAUCAAGCAGGAGGAAGUCCCGCAGCAAAAGAGGCUAAAGUCGCGUCCGAAGGCGCCAAUGGCAGUGGUAGCUGCGCCAGAAGCAACAAUUUUGGCGCACAAGGAUCCCGUCACAAUGGGCCCUGUAGCACCUGCUGGCCCCGCUCCACCAUCAGCGGCGGCGGUGACGGCAUUGACAAUGGCAGAUCAGACGGCUGCAUUGCAUGUCGCUGGGGAUGUGAAGGAUAUAUUUGAGAUUGCGUACGACAACUACACCUCAAAGGAUUUGCAGGCACUGCUGAAACGCGUUACACGUCAGGAAGUGGAGAAGCGCAUAUUGGAAGUUGAGCAAUUGCGUCAAGGGCAGAACGUUUCACAGGUGGAGCGUUUCCUGGACGUCACCUCAAAAAUGGCUAGCAGCAGCGGUGGCAACAACGCUCCGGAGGAGGGCUGUGGAUAUAACUACAGUGUCAUGUUGCGGCGUCUCUUUGUUGCGCUCAACCGCAACAAGGAAAGCAGUGCCAUGUCAGAGCGUAACAAACUCCCUGAGCCAAAGCUUGAAAAGAUCGGAAAGAAGAGAGUUAUUAUAUCCAACUUUGGGCGCAUCUGCCAAGCCUUUCACCGCCCCGUGCAGGAUGUCAAGGACUACAUUGAGAAGGAGCUUUCGGUAGCUGGUAAUCUGGACAUCAAUGAUGCUCUUAUUCUCAAGUACGAGAUUCAGAAAUCAACGGCGUUUGACAACAUCUUCUACAAAUACCUUGACGAGUUUGUGAAGUGCAACUCGUGCAACAAACUCGACACGACACUCACGAAGGAGGGUCGACGCAUGGAGCUUCGGUGCAAUUGGUGUACUGCUACACGUACUGUGCAGGCCGUGGGCUCUGCCACGUACAGCGCCCAGGUGGGCAAACGUUCGAAGGCAAGGCUGCAGGCGAUGACACUUUAA